AUGAAGAGAGACCAUUCACAACUUUCAUUCAGACCGAAGGCAGCCCGCUCCCCGCCGGGGCCGACACGCUCCGCCGCAGCUCGGGGCCGCAGGACCGACGCCGGAGCCCGAGGAACGCGAGGCGCCGCGGCCCGGCCCGGCCCGUCAGGAGGCAGCGCCGGUUCUCCGGGCCGGGCCCGCCGGCUUCCCGCGCGCGCUCCCCGCCGCCGCCGCCGCGGCCGGGAGCCCGCCCCGGGGCGGGGAAGCCGCGGGCGGGGGCGCGCGAGCCCGGCCCGGGAGAAGGGGAGGGGGACAUGGCGCGUUACCUGGGCCCGGGCGACGGCGAGGGGCUUCCGCUCUCCCGCCGCGGCUCGUCCCUCCGCCCGGCGGGCCCCGGCGCUCUCCUCGCCCCCCGCCCCGAGGCGUCCGGGCCAGUCCGCCCGCUCCUCCGCGCCGCGCCGCUGCCCGCGCGGGCCGGGCCGCCUCCGAGCUCCCGGGCCGCCCCGCGGCAGGGCCGGGGCAGGGGGGUGCCCCUCUCACUGGGCGCCCGGCUCCCCUCACCCGCUCCCGCCCCCUGGGCGGCCGCGGAGCCGAGGGGAGGGCGGGAAGGGGGCCUCCGGAGGACAGCGGACGGCUACGAACGCGGGCUCCGCCACUCGAGCCGCUCCGUUACCGCAGCGGCGGUGGCGGCGGCGACGACGACCAGGGCCGUGUUGUUGCUGCCAACUUGUCGGGAGGACACUGAGCAUGCGCGCGCGGAGACCACAUCCGGGAGGUAAGUAAGAAAUUUUGAAGACC